UUUGUAAUAAAUUAAUUUGGAAAAAUCUUGUAAACAUUAAUGUUUUUGCGGCUAUGAGUUCUGUCCUUUUUGCAGCACUUAAGGGGAGAAGAAUUAAUCCUAACGAAACAAAAAUAUCUGUAUUAAUAUGUAAUGUUUUUUAGUAUUUCCGAUAACUACCGGUCUAAUGAGAUAAAAACUGAUUGGGUGUUUUAUUUAAUAUCAUAAAUUCAAUUAAAUUUCUACGUAAACAACUCGGCAGAAAAAAAAUUGCUGACGAAUAUACUAAGGGGAUCCAAUAUUUAAUUAUAACAAUAGAUCACACAGUAUAUUUUGUUAAAUAUCGGUGAGUGGUAUUAAAGUAGUAGAAAAUGGUCAGUGAUCACUACGUUUUUGGUCAACAGAGUAGUAUACCUUACUUUUUUUAAAUCCAUAUUCCAACAUCUAGACUUCCAGAGCCAUAACAACCAACUCGUUCUGAAGUUGUAAUUGGACAAAAGAAGUGUAAUCAGAAUUUACUUAUUAUUUAUUAUUUUUUGUACAUAAGAUUUUAAUUUAUUAAUAUAACAUUUAUUUUGAUAAUAUUUGCAAUGAAAUUGAACAAGUUUUUUAUUUCUUAACUAACAGUUUUUUAAAGUUUUGGUUAGACAUGUGUAUUAUUCAGUUUCAAAUCGAUCCGCAUUAGCCGUUGUGGUGAUAUGACGUUUAAUUGAAAAUGAAAACAAAUCUUCCUCGUUUUAGUUGAAAUUUUUAGUAUAAUAUUAAAUAUAUAUACUUAACUAUAUGAACAAAAGCAAUAAGUGGUUCGCUAAAUGUCGCGGAAUAUUAGUGUAAUUGUUGUUAUCAGUUUGGUCAAAUGUUUUUCUACAAUAAUCAUGUGAAAUUGAAAUAUCUGUCUAUAGUGCGUUAUCUAGUAAUAAUUUUAUGUGGUUUAUUACUUUAGUAUUAAUAAAUAUGAGUUCCACGGAGUUAUCAUUGAUAGAAAAGCUUAGAAAAGAGAAUUCCGACCAGUUUUUUACCUUAGUGCGGAUGCACUUGUCCUUUCUAGUGGAUAUAAACACCGACGAUGUUGAUUGUUCAACAGACAAACCAAAGCAAUUCCGAUGGAAUUUUCACAAAAAAACCAAAAAUGCAGGUUCCAAUUCUAGUCAAAAUAACACAAAGAAUAGUGAGGUCUGUACUAUUACUGAGGAGGGUAUGCUGAGGCUUAAUGAAUUAAUAGACUUCCUCUCCAAGACAGAAAAUGUCACCCAGGAAGGUAUAUUUCGUCGGACAGGCUCUCUCAGUCGUCAACAAGAACUCCGUCAGUUACUCCUAACUGGCUCCAACCUUGGUCUAGAUGAGGGUAGAUUCUCGGUGCAUGAUUGUGCAUCUGUAUUGAAAGGGUUCCUAGCUGAAUUACCGCAGCCAUUACUGAUGGAUCAGUAUUAUCAGACUUAUUGUACAUUAGCUGCUCAAUAUCCUCCAAAUGCUGAAUCAUCGGAGACUAAACUCCUCACAGCAUUACAACUGCUGCUGCUCCUCUUGUCUCCAUUACACAGGAGUUUCUUGGAAAGGCUGCUGACAUUGCUUCGGUUAGUCGCCGAUAAUGAAGCAUCCAACCGCAUGUCACCAGAUACUCUAGCAACUAUGUUCACACCACAUUUACUGUGUCCAAGAAAGCUGUCGCCGGAGACGUUCCACACGGAGGCGGUGGCGCUGGCGCCGGUGAUGUCGUUCAUGAUCCGGCAGGCGGCGCGGCUGUUCCUGGCGCCUGGCCGCCUCGCCACAGACGCGGCCGCCUACUGCAGCCGCCGAGAAGACCUCGCCCGUCGACGCGCCCUCUCUCCAGAACUGGAUCUCGACGAGAGCAUCACUGACAAGACUGCGGCAAAUACAGUAUACACAUUCGUGGACCGGCAUCGAACCCGCGCUGAGAACGAGAGCAACCCAACAGACACGGCAUUAGCGCAGCUAUACGCACAUAUCCAGGCAUUGCCUGACUCGCAACAUAAGCGACGUCUUAUAAAACACUUCAACAGACAGAAUGGCUAUGGUACUCCAAUACAAAUACAGAGGACGGGCAAAGCCGCCGGUUCCCGUAGUUUUGGAGACUCGAUCAAACGGCAUAUAUUCAACAAGGGAUUGCUGAACAAGACUCCCAAGAAAGGGUCUGGAAGUGCCAUCAAUACGGUCGAAGAGAAGUCGAAAGUGAAAUUACGCUACACAGAUGACAGUAAAGUCGAUGUAUCACAUAAAAACAUUGUAUUAAAGAAUCUAGCGAACAAAAUAGCAAGCACUGAAUCAUUAGACGAUAAUGCGGACUACGAAUCGGACGCUAGCAAUGAAAGUACACUUUCCGAAGGCGCUAUAAAUAGAACUAAGAAAAUGAGCCCCAAAUUUGUAUCCGAACCAAACUUGAGUGUAUUAGAUUCACAUGAUGAAACACCGAAGAAUACAAAGAAACGGGGGACAAGGCUGUUCCGUUCAAAAGUGCUGUCAAGCUCGCAGAAUUUAAAUAAGAAAUAUCAGAAACGUAAUGUAAUUAAAGGCACACCGACAUCUUGUGUUUCAUGCUUCGAUGAACAAGAUACCGGUUCAGAGAAUGAUGUCUCGCAUCCUGAACCAAAUCAGGAACAGACCACAGAUGAUACUCCGAAGAAGUAUGAGGCAGUUGAUAAGGAACGUGUGGAUUUGAAAUUACAUUACUUAACAAGUACGCCCGGUGUCUCAGACGCAAUUGUUUUCGACGAGAAUUGCACUACACCGUUCACGGUAAACUUUAGGCGGGCUUCAAUGUCACCUAUAACAAAGUCGACGCAGAAAUUAUCCAAAGCGAUGCAGGAAUCCAUAAUGACGCCGCGUUCUCGCAAACCGUUGAUUAUAACAUCCGAACAAAGAGACAGCCUCCCUGAAACCAAUGAGAACAAGGAACCCAAACCGGAACCAGUGUACCAGUCGAUAUCACCAAACAAUGACAGCGACUUCGUAUCAUCCGAGGACGAAAUGAUGUCACGAUCAUCAUUCUCGUGUGACAGGUCCAACUGUACGGCAAACACUUCAAAUACCCGUAAGCCUUAUGAUACUCGCUCAGCCUCCGUUGGUGAUGUGAGCCCACUUCGUUCAGAGAACACUAGGUUUGUAAUAAGCCACGACAGACCUAACAUUAUACAGGAUUUAAAUACAACACUCUCUGGGAACGAAGAAGGCGUACCGCUACCAGUGUUCAAGAUAUCGCAAGAAACCAGCUAUGCUGAGCAAAAGUCUAAAACGCUCACAGAACCGUUCAGGGAAUACCUCAUGAGUAGAUCUGUAUUAACCGCAACGCCCGUUGACUUAUCGAUACUAAACAAAUCGAAUGACACUGAAGAGAAGAUAACAGAUUCACUACUGUACUGUCUCGAUGGGAAUGUCCCAUCCGAUUUGACAUUAUCGAUCGGUAAUUUAGCUGUCGAUAAAGAAUCGAGUUUGCGGUCACCACUAAAGAAUGUUAACGGUAUUGUAAAUAUAGAAAGUCCGAGUAGAAAACGGAGCGCGAGUGUUGUUAACGAUGGUUCUGGUAUCGAAUGUAAGAAAUCGAUGGUUGAAAAGGAGAAUCGAGUAACUGAUACACCGUUCGAGAUAAGAGAGACUGAACUAUAGCGUAUAUAUGUAGGUGUGAAUACACCGAUUAUUGUGAUCAAUACUGCCUUAUUAUUUUAUAGAAUUUGAACGUGAAUGUUUUAUUUUUAAUUUUUGGUGCGAAAAUCGCCAGUGCCUUAUUCAUUGUAAGGCUAUUUAAUUCGAGCAUAAGAUAUAUAAAGUCGAACUCAAAACCAUUUAUUUAAAUACAGUACA